CUCUCCGUCUUUGGUAACUAUCAGUCGGCCCCAAGGGCAACAUUUGACCACAAUGUCGCACGGCACCGUAACCGGCUUGCUGUUUGCGCUGUGCGUGGGGGGCGCGGUGCACUGCUUGCCCAAAGGAACCCCCAAAAACCGGCGACAGACUCAGCAGCAUCACGUCCCCUCGGUGACUCAGGAUGGCUGUAUCGAGAAUGGUCAUUACUACGGUAUUAAUGACCAGUGGGAACGUCCGUACUUGGGCAGCACUCUGGUGUGUACUUGCAAUGGUGUCGCCGGCAUUAAGUGUAAAAGCAAACCUGAAGAGGAAAUAUGCUAUGAUAAAAUCAACCAGCAGUCCUACACCGUGGGGGAAACUUAUGAGAGACCGAAGGAUGGCAUGAUUUGGGAUUGUACCUGUAUCGGAUCUGGAAGGGGAAAGAUCAGCUGUACCAUUGCUAAUCGCUGUCAUGAAGACGGGGCCUCGUAUAAGAUAGGAGACACCUGGAGGCGACCCCAUGAGACAGGGGGCUACAUGCUGGAGUGCGUCUGUCUGGGUAAUGGCAAGGGAGAAUGGACCUGCAAGCCUGUUGCUGAGCGUUGCUAUGACAACACGGCCGGGACAUCAUAUGUUGUUGGGGAGACAUGGGAGAAACCCUACCAGGGAUGGAUGGUUGUGGACUGUACAUGUCUGGGAGAAGGAAGUGGCCGCAUCACAUGCACAUCUCGAAAUCGUUGUAACGACCAGGACACUCUGAUCGCUUACCGUAUUGGCGACACAUGGACCAAGACUGAUGCCAGAGGCAACCUGCUCCAGUGUCUCUGCACAGGGAAUGGCAGAGGGGAGUGGAAGUGUGAGAGACAUGCCUCACUUCACACUACUGGCCUGGGCACAGGUUCCCGUGUGAUCACUAACAUACAGCCAGCCAUCUACCAGCCUUCCUCCGUGCCUGAGCUUCCCCAAGAAGGACCCUGUCGGACAGAUUCCGGAUCGUCAUACUUUGUUGGCCAGCGCUGGCUUAAGAGCCAGGGAACCAAACAGAUGAUUUGUACCUGUCUGGGCAAUGGGGUCAGCUGUGAGCAAUGGGAUGGACCAGCUCCAGUGUACGGAGGCAACUCUGGAGGUCAGCCUUGUGUGUUCCCCUUUGUCUACAAGGGGAAGACUUAUCACUCUUGUAUCUCGGAUGGGCGUAGUGAUGGACAGCUGUGGUGUUCCACCUCAUCUGACUUUGAGACUGACCAGAAAUAUUCCUUCUGCACAGAAAAGAAUGUAAUUGUGUCAACAAGGGGCGGUAAUUCAAAUGGUGCUGUUUGCCAAUUCCCCUAUCUGUAUAAUGGCCGAAACUACACCGACUGCACUGCAGAUGGACGCAGAGAUGGCAUGAAAUGGUGCGGCACUACAACCGAUUUUGAUGCAGAACACCGUUUUGGAUUCUGCCCUAUGGCUGACCAUGAAGAAGUGUGCACGACCAGUGAAGGGGUGAUGUAUCGUGUGGGAGACCAGUGGGACAAACGCCAUGAUGUUUUGGGUCACAUGAUGCGGUGUACCUGUGUGGGCAAUGGUCGAGGAGAAUGGAGCUGUGUUGCCUACUCCCAGCUUAAAGACCAGUGUAUUGUCGAUAGUCUGACUUACGAGGUGAACCAGACCUUCACUAAACAACACGAGGAAGGCUAUUCGAUGAACUGCACCUGCUUUGGACAGGGGCGCGGCCGCUGGAAGUGUGACGCUAUUGACCAGUGUCAGGAGCCAGAAACACGAGCCUUCUACAAGAUUGGAGAGUCUUGGGAUAAAGUCAUCAGUGGAAUCAUGUACAAGUGCUAUUGCUAUGGUAACGGCAUUGGAGAACUCAGCUGUGAGCCCCAGCAGUCCUAUCCUGGUGGUCACCGCCCUGUUCAAGUGAUCAUAACAGAAUCUGGAAACCAACCCAACUCCCACCCUAUUCAAUGGAAUGCUCCACCUUCUGCUCACAUCACCCAAUACAUCCUCAAAUGGAGAGUGAAAAAUACCCACACCGGAUGGAGGGAGGUGGUGAUCCCUGGCCAUCUCAACUCCCACACCAUCUCUGGGCUGAAGCCAGGCAUCACCUAUGAGGGGCAGCUGAUCAGCGUGUUGCGCUUUGGACGGCAAGAGAUCACACGCUUUGACUUCACAACUCAUUAUGGAUCAUUGGCAACAUCACAGGGCGAGACGACCCCGCCUCCCCCUGUAGUGGACACUUCCGAGUCGGUGACAGAAAUUACAUCUAGCAGCUUCGUCAUCUCUUGGGUCUCUGCCUCUGACACAAUCUCUGGUUUUCGAGUUGAGUAUGAACUCAAUGAGAAUGGUCAGAGCGCUGGACAGCCCAUAGUUUUAGACCUGCCCCGUACAACUACAUCUGUGAACAUUAAUGAGCUUUUACCUGGGAGGAAGUACACAAUUAAUGUUUAUGAGGUGACAGAUGGCGAAGAGGACAACCUCAUUCUUACUACUUCACAAACCACCGCACCGGAUGCUCCUGUUGAUCAUGAAGUGGAAGAUAUUGGAGAAACGUCUAUUAUGAUCAGCUGGGAAAAACCAUUGGCUCCGAUUACUGGCUAUCGUGUCGUCUAUACCCCAUCCAUAGAAGGGGAAAGCACGGAGCUGACUCUCCCUGAUACAGCAACAUCUGUGACUCUGAGUGACCUCCGACCUGGGAAAUUGUACAACAUCAGCAUAUAUGCAGUGGAGGACAGCUUGGAGAGCGAGCCCGUCUUUGUACAAGUCAACACUGCAGGAGAUCCACUGCCGGAAGAAAUAACCUCCCCAACAGAUCUGCAGUUUUACGAGGUGUCAGAUAAGAAAAUAGUCCUGACCUGGUCCGGGCCAGCCAGCGACGUGUCGGGAUACCGGGUCACUGUGGUCACAGUGGAUGAGUCUGGUUCUCCUCAGAGAGAGAUGACACUGCCCAUCAGCCAAAACUCAUACGUUGAAGUGACCCACCUCCUGCCUGGAACGCUGUACCGCUUCAACGUUUACACGAUUCACAACGGAGAGGAAAGUUUGCCGCUUAUUGGGGAGCACACCACAAAGCCUGAUGCUCCAACAGACAUCCAUUUCAACAACGUGACGGAGGACAGCGCUGUGAUUCUGUGGUUUGCCCCGCGAGCCAAAGUCACUGGCUACCGGCUCUUCCUCACCUUCGAGGGCUCAAACACAAAGCAGCUGCGCCUGCCAGCCCGGCUCUCCCAGUACACCCUUCUAAACCUGAAGCCGGACACGAUGUACACUGCGACACUGCACUCGGAGCAGGACAACACGCUGAGUGAAGGAGAGACAGCAGUGUUUACCACCAGCCCGUCAAUGGGUAACGCGCCCCAUUUCAGCACUGAUGUAACUGACUCCUCUAUUAUAAUCUCUUGGACUCCAGUGCCACGCAUCGGAUACAAGUUGACGGUACGCCCCAGUCAGGGCGGAGAAGCCCCUCGAGACGUGACCUCUGACUCAGGAAGUAUUUACAUUUCUGGUCUAACUCCAGGAGUGGAGUAUACCUACAGUGUGCAACCAGUUAUUAACGGCCAAGAGCAAGGAACCCCAAUCACGCGACGUGUCAUCACAUCUCUGUCUCCUCCCACGGAUCUUAACUUGGACUCUGAUUUAGGGACUGGAGAAAUUACUGUGCAGUGGAAUGGAGCCAGUACACCAGACAUCACUGGCUAUAGAGUUGCAUGCACCCCCACCAAAGGGCAACAAGGAAACCGUGUGGAGGAGUUUGUGCAGGCUGGGCAGAACUCUUGCACCCUUGAGAACCUCAGUCCAGGGGUGGAGUACAACAUCAGUGUUUUUACAGUUAAGGAAGACAUGGAGAGUGCUCCAAUAUCAACAAUCGUCACUCCAAAGGUCCCACAGUUGACUGACCUCAGCUUCGAUGAUGUUAGUGACACCACCAUCAGUCUACGCUGGUCACCGCUCAACACCACAGCCAUCACUGGUUACAGGAUCACAGUAAUGGCAGCUGGGGAAAGCGUACCCAUAUUUGAAGACACGGUGAUGCCAACAACUGGACAUUAUACAGUGUAUGGUCUGGAACCAGGUAUCGACUACGACAUCAGUGUGAUCACCGUGACAGAAAAUGGAGAGAGUGAACCCACUACAUUCACUCAACAGACUUCUGUGCCAGCACCUACAGAUCUGGCCUUUGUCCAGGUAGGACCAAGCCACAUGGAAGUUAGUUGGCUCUCACCACCUGUCCCCAACAUAGCUGACAUCAACAAUUUCCUCAUUAGGUACCGUCCCAUUGAUGAUGAUGAAUAUACCGAAACCGUUUUAGAUGGCACACUGAACAAUGUUGUACUGAGAAAUUUGCUGCCAAACACAGAGUAUCUGGUGAGCGUGGUGUGUGUUUAUGAGGCGAGAGAGAGCUCACCCCUCGUUGGUACUCAGAAAACAGCUCUGGAUUCACCGGUUGGUCUUCGUUUCUCUGAGAUCUUCACCACCUCCUUCACCAUCCACUGGCUGGCUCCCCAGAGCAAAAUCACAGGCUAUCGUAUCCGUUACCAGAUGGCCAGCGGCGGAAGAACAAAGGACGAGAGGCUACCACCUUCCAGGAACCACUUCACCCUAACAGGACUCGCUCCAGACACUGAUUACUUGGUGAACAUCUACGCAGUUAGCGGGGCUCAAGAGAGUUUGCCACUCAGUGGGAAUCAGAAAACAAUCUCUGACGCCCCAACAGACCUAGAGGUGCUAGACUCCACCCCCACCAGCAUCACCAUUCGCUGGGAUGCCCCUCCUGUGACUGUGCGCUACUACAGGAUCACUCAUGGCGAGACAGGAGGCCACAGUAAUCCGAAGGAGUUCACUGUACCUGGUUCUCAGUCCACUGCAACAAUUACAAACCUGCAGCCUGGUACCGACUACACCGUCACUGUCUAUGCUGUAACUGGCAGAGGAGAUAGCCCCGCAUCAAGCACUCCAAUCUAUGUCACACAUAAGACAGGCAUAGACUCUCCCUCUGACAUGGAAGUGAUGGAUGUUAAUGACAACAGUGUCACAGUAAGGUGGAGCCCAGCCCAGGGCCCUAUCAAGGGAUACAGGGUGACUGGGGUCCCCAGAAAUGGACAGGGUUCAUCUUUCACUGAGGUGGUGGCGCCAGACCAAACAGAGAUGACUUUCUCAGGCCUGAUGCCAACAGCUGAAUACACUUUUAGUGUGUAUGCUGUGGGACAAGAUGGAGAGAGUUCCCCACUGGUGCUGAAUGCUGUAACAAAUGUCGACCGUCCCAAAGAUUUGACCUUCUCGGACAUCGACUCCACCUCGCUAAGGAUCGCCUGGGACAGUCCUGAUGGAACUGUUACUUCUUACCGAGUCCUGUAUUCCAGCUCUGAGGAGGGUGAAAGAGAACUGCGACCUGCUCCUCGAGGAGAUGAUGAGUCCGCCGUUAUCUAUGGCCUGCAGCCUGGCACUGAAUACACUGUGAAAGUCAUUGCCCUGCAUGACGACACAGUCAGCACACCACUGGUUGGCACGCAAGCUACAGGGAUCUCACCGCCCACCAACCUACAGUUCUCCCAAGUUAGCCCCACCUCCUUCAACAUGCACUGGACUGUGUUGGGUCAAGAAAACCGACUACCUGGUCAAACAGGCCUCACAGGCUACCGCGUUGUGGUGAACCCUAAAAGCAAGAGCGGACCCACCAAAGAGAUGAAUCUGGCCCCAGAUGCAACACAAGCUCAUAUUACUGGCCUCAUGGUUGCAACUACUUAUGAUGUACAUGUUUAUGCACUGAAAAACUCUCUGACCAGCAGGCCUGUCCAAGGGGAGCUUACUACCCUAGAGAAUAUCAGCCCCCCUCGCCGCGUCCGCAUCUCAGAUGUCAAUGAUUCCUCCAUUACUUUGACGUGGCGCUCCAAAACAGGGGAGAUUUUCUCAGGCUUCCUUGUUGAAGCCACACCCACUUCCUCUACAAGCUACACACCCAUCCAAAGGAUAAUUGGCUCUGACUUGCGCUCAUAUACUAUCUCAGGGCUGGAGCCUGGUACAAAUUAUAAGAUCAACAUCUAUACACUGAAAGGAAAUGGCCGCAGCGUACCUCUUACCCUCUCAGCCUCCACAGCAAAACCAGUGGUCAGCCCACCCACCAAUAUCCAGUUUACUUCCUUGAAGCCCACCAGCAUUACUUUUACAUGGGAGCGUUCCCGUAGUCCGGGGGUAACUGGCUAUUAUGUGACCUAUGAGGAGGCUGGGGGUUUGCCUCAAGAAGUUAUCCCAAGGCCUCAUGCAGGACAGAGCUACGCCAUGAUCAAUAGUCUGAAACCAGGAAAAGAAUAUGUCAUUAAGAUUGUUGCCCUGCAAAAUACUUUGAGAAGUAUACCUCUCAUGGGCAAAGCCCGGACCCAACCAGCUAUGACUCCGCCUCUAUUGGUGCCUGAGCUGCCAAAGCUUCCUGUUCCUCAUCGCCCCACCACUGACAUUUUGGAUGUUCCAGAGUCCUUCAAUGACAAGAUCUUUGACACCAACCAGGUCCAUUUGGCUGGCACGAGUGGCCAGAGCCGGCUGGGGCAGCAGGGGCAGCACAUCUACACUGAAUACCAGAGCCUUGGUCCUAAUAACGGACUUCAUGGACCCCAUGGUGGACCCAAAGAAGGUCAGAGACCCAUACUCAGAGAACCUCUGGUCUAUAUUCCUGUGGCUGGUCCUGAUGGAAACAGGGUGCCUUUGGUCAAGGUGAGUGAGACACCACUGCCAGGCCUUGCAUUUGGUUUCCCUGACAACGAGACAGAGUUGCCCCAAGAAGCGCAAACAAUCACAACCCUUUUUUGGCAACCCAUCCCCCACACUUCAGAGUAUGAGGUGUCCUGUAAUCCUCUUACACACCUCGAAGAAAAAGGUUUUCAGAUGCGUCUUCCUGGCACCUCUAACAGCGCCACUCUGAUUGGACUGACGUCCGGAGCCUCCUAUAAUGUGGUAGUGGAGGCCAUGAGGGGCGGGGCGAAAGAGAAGGUUCUGGAAGAAGUUGUAACCGUCGGCAAUGCUGUUCCAGGCGACAUCCCCGUUUCAACCAACAGGGAUGUGUGUUACGACACAUUCACGCAUUCGUACCAUGAGGUGGGCUCAGAGUGGGAGCGCAUGUCUGAGACAGGAUUCAAGCUGUGGUGCCGCUGCCUGGGUCUAGGCAGUGGCCAUUUUAGGUGUGAUUCAUCCAAGUGGUGCCACGACAACGGUAACAACUACCGUAUUGGCGAGAAGUGGGAUCGCCACGCUGAGAACGGUCACAUGAUGAGCUGCACCUGCCUGGGCAAUGGCAAAGGAGAAUUUAAAUGUGAACCCCAUGAGUCAACAUGUUAUGAUGAUGGGAAAAUGUACCAAGUCGGAAACCAGUGGCAGAAAGAAUACCUGGGAGCCAUUUGCACUUGCACCUGCUAUGGCGGACAACAAGGCUGGCGUUGCGAAAACUGCAGAAGACCAGGAGGGCCAAGUGAUGUGGAAGUUGAUCUGCUUCACCCCGUUCACUCUGAUGUAUUCGACCGCUACAGAGAAAAUGCUCUACGCAAACUGAACAUCCAGUGUCCAAUUGAAUGUUUGAGACCAGAUUUGCUUGCCGAUGCUCAAAGCCCCUCAAAGUAACAACAAAGGGAGGAUGAAGAGGUGAGACGCCUUACAGCAUUGCUACCACUUCAAGAAGGAAGCCUCCCCUUGCAGUCAUUAAAAGAACACAUUUCUAUCACAUCCGUGCCUUAAAGGUGUACCCCUUACUACAUUAGUGCUCUGUACACGCCAAACUCCUGUGCCCUUUCAUAGAUCCAGACAAGACCUACUUUCCUUUUUUAUUACAAAGCUGCCUGCGCACAGCUGGUGUUUUAAUGCAUCCAAAGAUAACAUACAUAGACACACACACACGCCCGAUGCAGUCCUGUUGCACCAAGUAUUUUAUACACAUAUCAGUAUAUAUUAACAUCUUAAACUCACAAAAAGCUCCAUGACAGGUAUAUCCCUCAGGGUAAUGAUAAUGAAGCACAAUUUCCAUUGCAUUUAGUUUGUAUAUUCAAAGGCAUUAUAAUAUAAUACGUAAAUGCAUUCAUUAUUUCUGCAAUGAAAGGAACAGGAACCCUAAACGAUGGUGUCUUCCUGCAAUGAAUGUUCAAGCACAACAUUUCUAAAAAUAUUCUUUAAAAGAUAAGCUCUGCUUAUUUUGAGAUGCAAUGAAAACCCACUGCCAUGCUGCAUUGAGACACCACAGUCUCCCCUCCCCAUGUAAAAUGUAUUCUUUUAGCUGUGUGAAAAAAAGCCAAAGUUGACUGACCAAAAGGUAAAUGUUCCCCUGUUGUCUGAAAAUGUUUCUGAGAGUCACCUUCAUUUUGAGGUGAGAUGUAUUUUAAUUACUGAAAUGUUGCCGUUUUUUUGUUUUAUUUAUCCCAUUUUGUUCAAUGCUAUUUCAGGGUUGUACACUUUUUUUUUAAUGGUUGGUGCCAAACUGAACUACUGUGGAUCUUUUUAAUAAACAGAUAAAUCCAA